AUGCGUUCCCUUGGGAUCACCAUCGCACCGUUGAUUUGCAGCCUGGUGUUGCUUACCUGUGCUUUGCUCAUGGCACCCAAGAGGGUGCAGCGUUCGAUGAGCCGGUUGCUCAAGCCAGCGGUCGACAUGGUUGACUCGCAGAUCGCUUGCGUAUUCAUACCGUACAUCGUCGCUGUUCCGAUUAGCCCGCUUCCGGCGGGCGGUGCCCUCUGGGUUAGUCUGGGAGUCUGCGUGGUCGGACAUCUGUUCACCAUGUGCACGGCAGGGCACUUAGCGCAGCUGGCGGCGUCUUACGACGAGGCGUCAGAUGUGGAGUGGUGUGAGAUUGAGAGCGAGGAACUCGAUGCGGAUGAACUCGCGGCAAAAGCCGAGGUCAAGUUGAUGGCGACGCCGAAGGCACCGGUGAUGUUCAGCAAGGCAUCAUUCUGGAGCAUCAUUGCUGUUGGCUCGGCAACAAUUGGGAUGUUCAUGAUUUUUUUUGGAUCGCACAGACACGUGGCGCUCGCGCCUGCGUGGCUGUGCGCGACGUUUGCUGUUUACCUCAUCGCCAAACGAAUCCCAGCCAAACUGCAGCGGGUUGGAUUCUUCCCAACCCUCACGGGAGGGGUUGCGAUGUCGCUGAUUGCGAGUGCGGCUGGCGUGCUCAGCGGUGGCACGUGUGCCGACGGGCUGCGAUUGUACAUGUCUGGCGCUGGUUCGUUUCUUUUGUGGUUUGUUCCCGUCGCUGUGCUCGGAUUGGCAUUCAGGGUGUACUCGCAGAGACGGGUUCUGGCAGCAAACUUGGCUCCGCUGAUUGUUAGCUUGGGGUGUGCGGUGCCCAUGGGGAUGACCUUCUCCGUGGUUUUGGGAACUUGGGUCGGUUUGCCGGGCGAUAUCAUUCUAUCCACGGUGCCGAAGUGCUUCACGACGGGAUUGGCGGUUUUGAUGGCGGGAACGUUAGGCGCCGAUUCAAGCCUGGUGGCCUCCGGGUGUGUCGUUGCGGGGACGAUGGGCCUUGCGAUUGGCAGUUUUCUGCUAGACGUCGCAGGCAUCAAGAAGGUGGUCGCGCGGGGCGUAGCGACGGGGACGAGUAGCCACGCGGCCGGGACAGCCGGGUUAGCCAGCAACGGAGAGGACGGCGCCGCGGCGGUGUCUGGCGUUUCGUUUGCCGUUGCUGGAGUGUACGGCGCGUUAUUGCUGGAACUCGUGCCGUGGUUCCGCGCGAUGCUCAUUCGCGUGGCUACAGGGAUGUAAACGUUGGUAUAAACGACUUCGAGUUUAAAGUUACGAAGGUAGCUCAAGCCUCAAACCUAAAA